AUGGAAGGAAGAACAAUGGGCGGAACGAACGCACAACUACUGAAUCCUAGUUUAUCAUUAAUUGAUAAAGAUGGUAAAAAAAAACACACGAGACCAACGUUCAGCGGUCAACAAAUAUUCGCAUUAGAAAAAACGUUCGAACAAACAAAAUAUUUGGCCGGUCCCGAACGAGCGAAAUUAGCUUACGCACUCGGAAUGACAGAAUCACAAGUUAAGAAAAUUACCAAACUCGCGUUCGUUUGUUCGUGGCAGAAGAUUUCCCUUUCGACGUAA